AUGAGAUCGGAGGCGCAUUCACUUUUCUUUACAAAAUUGGUUCUUGAAAUGUUUUCAAAAGAGAGAAGAAAAUUCUCUCUCAAAAACAGUUCAACUUCAGAAGAACGAACUUUGGCCACCAACCACGACACCAAAUCACAGAUGUUAACAAAUCUGCAAUAUAAUUACG